AUGGAGUACACGUCGAUGAAAGUCCCCGAGCUCCGGAAGCUCCUGCAGGAAAGGAGCUUGCCCGUGACCGGAAACAAGGCGGACCUUGUCGCCAGGCUGCAGGAGAAUGAUAAGAAGACGGCCCCAGAAGCCCAGUCAGCCGAAGAUGAGAUCGACUACUCAGACGACGAUGUAGCUAUCACAACCAAGAAGAAUGAGGCUACCACCGAGGCCGAGAAGCCAGAUGUCGCCGAGACUGAAGCCGCCCCCGCUGAGGUUGCCAAGGAGGGCGAGGCCGCCGAUGCUGUCACUGACUCUCCCGCCACCGUCACCGGGGCCGCUGCCAACGGAGAGGCCUCCGCCGAUGCCCCUGCGGCUGCCGAAGAUGAGGCGGCUGCGGAGAAGUUCGCGCUCAACCUCCCCCCAACUUCUGCCGAGGACGAGGCCAAGAAGCGCGAAGAGCGCGCCAAGCGCUUCGGCCUAGUCGAAGAUGACGACGAGCGCAAGAAGGCCGACCGAGCCAAGAGAUUCGGAAUCGACUCGUCCUCCCUCGCCACCUCCCUCGACUCCGCUCUCCCCGAUCGUCCCCUGAAGCGCGGCCGCGCCCGCGAAGACGAUGGCGGCGACAACAAGAAAAGGCAGUCCAACAAUCGCCGGGACAACAGACGCCACGGUCGUGGUCGCGGUGGCCGCUUCAAUAACCGCCGGGCUGGCGGCGGAAGGUCCGAGGGCGGCAGCCGCGGCUCGAUUCUCUCGGAUCCUGCUGAGAAGGCGAAGGCUGAGGCUCGUGCUAAGCGGUUCGGAUCGGGUUAG